AGUUGCUGUCGCUCCGACUUGCGUCAUUUCCGCUGCGCCUCGGGCGGUGUCGCGCGGCCGGGUCCCGCCUAGAGAAGGCCGAGAAGGACGCGGCGGAGGCCCCUGGGCCGCCGCCGCGCGCCCGCCCGCCCGCCAGGAUGUCGUACAUGCUGCCUCAUCUCCACAACGGCUGGCAGGUGGACCAGGCCAUCCUAUCGGAGGAGGAUCGAGUGGUGGUCAUCCGCUUCGGGCACGACUGGGAUCCGACAUGCAUGAAAAUGGAUGAGGUUUUGUACAGCAUCGCCGAGAAGGUAAAGAACUUUGCUGUUAUUUAUCUUGUGGAUAUCACUGAAGUACCAGACUUCAACAAGAUGUAUGAGUUGUAUGAUCCCUGCACAGUCAUGUUUUUCUUCAGGAACAAACACAUCAUGAUUGAUUUAGGUACAGGUAAUAACAACAAGAUCAACUGGGCAAUGGAAGAUAAACAAGAGAUGAUUGACAUUAUAGAAACUGUUUACAGAGGAGCCCGCAAAGGUCGAGGUUUAGUGGUAUCACCAAAAGAUUAUUCUACUAAAUACAGAUACUGACAUUUCCUUGGGGCUGUGCUUUUCUUUUGUAACCCUUUCUCCACUUAAAUUUAUUUUUCUGUAUGUGUGUACAUACAUAUGCAUAUUAAAAAAGAAAUAAUCAGUC